CAAAGGCUAACAAGUUCUGAGAAAGUGAUGUGUAGACGCGAUGUUUCCUUGAGAAAAUAGGCAGCUUUUUUGGCCAUUGGGAACUAAACGCACAAAAAAAUGGCAGGGGCUGCUCUCAAGAGGCUUAUGGCUGAGUAUAAACAGCUAACCCUGAACUCUCCAGAAGGUAUUCUUGCAGGACCACUAUCUGAGGAAAACUUUUUUGAAUGGGAGGCUUUGAUAACAGGCCCAGAAGGAACUCCAUUUGAAGGAGGUGUUUUUACCACAAGACUUGUGUUCCCUCCUGAUUAUCCUUUGAGUCCUCCAAAAAUGAAGUUCACAUGUGAAAUGUUCCAUCCUAAUGUUUAUCCUGAUGGAAGAGUGUGUAUCUCCAUUCUACAUGCCCCUGGUGAUGAUCCCAUGGGGUAUGAGAGUAGUGCUGAAAGAUGGAGUCCUGUUCAGUCUGUAGAGAAAAUACUUCUGUCUGUUGUUAGUAUGCUGGCAGAACCAAAUGAUGAAAGUGGGGCAAAUGUAGAUGCUUCGAAAAUGUGGAGAGAAAAUCGAGAAAAAUUCAAUGAAAUAGCAAGACAGAUUGUAAAGAAAUCUCUAGGUCUUCAAUAAGCAUAUGAAAAUGCUUAAUAUUCUUUAUUAGUGGUUGUUGCAUUGUAUAAAAAGUGAAUGCAAAAAGAAGUGUGAAACCAUUAAUGAGUUUAGGAUGAAAUUAAAAACAAAUGGGGCACAGGAACACAGACUGGUAGUGAGGACACAUACAAGAUCACUUCCUUAAUUUUUUGUAGUUUAAUAACUAUAUAAAAAUUCAACAAUAUAAAGUUCUCCUAUUUAAAUAACAGAGCAUUUCUAUUAAACUUCUGUACCACUAA